AAAAGCUUCAUUUUAGUCUCAUCUGACCAGAGUACCUUCAUCCAUAUGUUUGGGGAGUCUCCCACAUGCCUUUUGGCGAACACCAAAUGUGUUUGCUUAUUUUAUUCUUUAAGCAAUGGCUUUUUUUCUGGCCACUCUUCCAUAAAGCCCAGCUCUGUGGAGUGUAUGGCUUAAAGUGGUCCUAUGGACAGAUACUCCAAUCUCUGCUGUGGAGCUUUGCAGCUCCUUCGGGGUUAUCUUUGGUCUCUUUGUUGCCUCUCUGAUUAAUGCCCUCCUUGCCUGGUCUGUGAGUUUUGGUGGGCGGCCCUCUUUUGGCAGGUUUGUUGUGGUGCCAUAUUCUUUCAAUUUUUUUAUAAUGGAUUUAAUGGUGCUCCUGGGAUGUUCAAAGGGCUUCAUAGCAAAGGGGGUGAAUACAUAUGCAGGCACCACUUUUCCGUGUUUUAUUAUUUAUUUUUGGGGAAAACAAGUAAUUUCACUUCACCAAUUUGGGCUAUUUUGUGUAUGUCCAUUACAUGAAAUCCAAAUUAAAAUCCAUUUAAAUUACAGGUUGUAAUGCAACAAAAUUGUAAAAACGCCAAGGAGGUGAAUACUUUUGCAAGGCACUGUACAUGAAGCAUUCACUCACACAUGACAGAGGGGGUUUUAAAUUUUGCGGGAUACCUAAUCUUCGCGUCAUAGCGCGACAAUUGUCCUUUGCAGCAGGCCAUUGGCGUCACCAAAACAUCCCCUAAAGCCGCGAAUAGAGAAACGAGCUGCUGGAGAUGUAAACAGAUUCCGCUGUCAUCCAUUCAAACAACGCGAGCUGAUAUGGUGGAUAUUCUUAGCUCCUCUGUGUGGAAAAUGUUAUGAGAGGAUACAUCACCGCUAGUCAUACUCUGUCUUUCUAGAAUGGUCGUUGUUUACGGUCUCAGUUUUUCACAUGCCAGUAAUCCGGUUAGAAGAGAUGUAUUUUUAUAGCUAUCCACGGCUGCUAGACAGCUAGCCUAGCUCGUUGCGCCGUAGGAGAGCGGCCGACCUCAACCAGAUGGAUAUCACGAGGCUCGCUGUGGACGCGGGCGCGUUUAUCAACCGAGCUGUUCAGUAUACGGAGGAAGCUCUGGGGCAGGCUGAGAAGACAGAGUUGGACAGCCGGUUGGAGAGUCUCCUGGACAGAGCAGAGUCCACUAAGACCUGGACUGACAAAAUCAUCUCACAGACUGAGACUUUACUGCAGCCUAACCCUGGAGCUCGUUUAGAGGACUUGUUGUAUAAGGGUCUGGAUUGGAGCGCCCCUGAGAGGCCAACCCCCCACGAGCUGCUGAGUGAAAACAUGAUGGAUGCUGCUCUGGAACUGGGGAGACACACACCCUACGUACUCUGAUUAAGUGUGGGGAGUUGGAGAGGCAGAUCGGGGUGGCGAACAAGAAGCUGAUCCAGAGUACAGACAUCAACUUCCUGUCUCCUCU